AUGGAUGUUUUCAAAGAAGCAUUAAUGGCUCUUGAUCAUCAACAGCAACAGCAACAACAGUUAUUUAUGCAACAGCAACAGGAACAGAAACGCCAGCAAGAAGAUUUUAUGAAUCAGAUCUCUGCAUUUCUGGUCAUCCAAAGGCGCGCCGCAAAGAGAAGUAAAAAUGGAAUCAUUGGCCAGCUCUCGGAAUUCACUUAUGAUCCGGAGAAUGGACUUACUUUCGACGCAUGGUUUGUUCGUUACAAAGGAUUAUUCCAGGUAGAUGUUAACGAUUUAGAUGAUGCUGCAAAAGUAAGACUUUUAUUACGACAGUUAAGCACAAAUAUUCAUAAGCAGUACGUAGAUUUUAUUCUUCCUAAAGAAUAUAAAGAAUUUGAUUUUGAAACUACGAUCGCCAAACUUACACAUAUGUUUGGAAAAAAAACUUCUUUGUUUCAUCAAAGAUUCAAUUGUAUGAAUACUUUGAAAUCAUCAAAUCAAGAUUUCCUAGCUUACGCUGCUUUAAUUAAUAAGCGCUGUGAAGAAUUUAAGAUCUCUACUAUUACUGCUGAUCAAUUUAAAUGUUUGAUUUUUGCAUGUGGUCUUCGAUCUCCAUCGGAUGCUAAUAUUCGCAUGAAGCUACUCAAUCUUAUUGAAACCAGGCCAGACACGCUUACUACAGAGGAUCUUGCAAUUGAAUGUCAAAAAUUAAUCAAUCUGAAGCACGAUACAUCUUUGAUUCAGAAUCAAAAAUCAGAGAUACCUGGUACCGUUGCAUUGGUAAAAUCUAAACAAAGCAAACCCAAGAUCAGUACUUAA